CUGCGUAACAUCCGGCUUAAACAUGGCUGCGCCCUGACGAAUGUCACACUCUCUUGUGAGAAAGAAAACAUUUUGGUAAUAUUUGCAGGUCGGUCAACAGUGGAGCGAAACAUCGAAAGGAGAAGGCUGUGACUAUCAUCUGUGCGUCAUUCUCCGCCCUGAGAGGGUGAUUCAUCAUGGUGCAUUUAUCGUCCCUCCUUUUGAAGAACUACCACGCCGGCUACGUCAUCAUCCGGCUCGCCCUCGCAGGCCACAAACAAGCCAACCGACCCUUUUAUCGCAUCGUGGCGGCUUACAACAAGAGGUCAAGGGAUGGUAAAUACAUCGAGCAGCUGGGCAGCUUCGACCCGCUCCCUAACAUCUACAAUGAGAAGCUUGUUAGUUUCAACUUCGACCGGAUCAAGUACUGGAUCGGCUGCGGCGCUCACACGUCCAAACCAGUGGCCAAACUUCUAGGGUUGUCUGGGUUUUUCCCCCUCCAUCCCAUGACGGUAACGGAGGCAGAGCGUCGAAGAGCUCAGGCGAAGCUGGCAGAAACUGCCACAGGAACAGAGGAGGAGAAACAGGCUGACGUGUGAUCGGAUCAAAGGGAAGCUGCUGUUUGAAAGAAAACUUAUAAAAACACGUUUUUCUCUUUCUUGGUGGACUGCUCAAAACAACUGAUCUAAUGUCUUGAAGAACAAACUUCUUCAAAAAUGUGAACAACUCAUAAUGUUGGGGGGGGGGGAAUCAACAGCUCUGAGUUGAUCGUAGAUUGACAAAGGCUGUAUUUUUUGGUUAUUUUUUUUUAUUAUUAAAAAAUGUGUCAUAACUGCAAGGCUAUGCAUGUUUUUAUUAAAAAUGUUUUGGUCCUUUUGAAAUUCACUCAAAAUCCCUUUGUCUCAUAUUAUGUCUUUUGGUUUAUACAUUGGAGCCAUGUCAACAAAGUAAAGUUGCAAGGAGUUUGUGUUUGUAGAUGGGGUUGAUGGCAAACACACAAAAUCAUUUUAAGAAUCACUAAAUAUUUUUAAGAAUAAAAACUCCUCCCUUCACUAUUUUUCUGAGAGUUGAGACAACAUUCAACUAGAUUGAGAUCACGGACAGAAGUGGCUGCUGAAGUCAGUUUACAGUCACAGUAAAAUGUUGAUUCACCUGCUAUGAACUUUAAAUGUUUACAUAAAAGGUUUAACUUAAAUUGCUUCUGGCAAAGACUAAAUAAAUGAGUAGAAGGUAAAUUUUGCCUUCUACUGAGCAGAAACCUAAUUCAUUACAAUGUAUUUAUUUAAAAAUUAAGAACAAAGCCAAAACUUGGAAACGUAAAGAAAAUUGAACUCUGCAUGCUGUUAUAGCUUGUAGAGCUAAUUCAAAUAAGACAGUUUUAACUGGGUGUUUUCUUUUUUAGUUCAUUGGUAUUCUCUGAAUAAAGUAAUAUCUCAUUAUUGCAAUGCUGAAGAUUUUAGCUUGUAAAGUGAAAGAGUAGAGUGAAGAAGUAGGGCCUCCAUAUAGUUAUCCAUAUUUAUGUGAGCAGGGAUAAGACAUUAAACAAUGUUGCAUUAAAAAAAUAAACCAAUAACUUUCCUAAAGGACCUCUAGAGAAAACAAAAUCAGUUUCUGGUUAUACAAAGAAACAUCUGGAGCGAACAGUAGAGUAAGACUUAAAUGCCAGUGAGGUUGUGCUUGUGUUUUGCUUUAGAUGAGCCUUGCUUUCAUCCUUUUCUUUCAUAAGAAGUUAUAGGAAAAGCUAAAAUUAGGAAAAAAAACAGGUUUAGAGAAGUUGUGGACAUUCAAUAAUUUGAGUCGUACAUUCUUCACUGGUGGUAAAAUGUGUCUUGGUUUAUAAUUCAUAAAUUUAUGAGGAGGUUUUUAAAGGUUGCCUUUAGUUAAACCUUAUAAACCCUCCUUGAAACUUACUGUUCAACCAACUAAAAUUAACCCAACGUUUACCAGGAAGCAGUUCGUCAUAAGAGAAGAAGCUGCUGAUAAACUGGCAUAACUGGGAGUUAAUGGCCGACUGUCAGGUUUAGGAAUCUCAGUAUAUUCAUAAUUUCAUGACUUCCUUUAGAACAUGUGUGACAAAAGUCCCUUUGAGUCUCCAUAAUUAAGUUACAGCUUUAAUAGUUUUGAAAUAAUGGUAAUUGUUGAACGUUAUUACAAUAAUGACACAGCUUAGAGAGAAAGAGAGACUUUCUGCUGCGACAUUUUAGUAAUGAUUUCCUAAACAGCAAACAGAGGUGUAGAUGACUUUACAAAACCUCUUCAGACUUCAGUCAAAAGACCGUCUUCACCUUGUCACAGCUUGUUUCUUUAUGUUGCUAUUGAUAUAAUUUGUUACACUGACUGUGAUCAUGUCCAAUGAGCUAUUUAUGGAGCAUAUGCUGAAUUAUGCAACUGUAAUAUGUUUAGUAAAAUAUU